AUGUAUUUUAUCUAUAAUAUUUUAUCAGGCUGCUUACCAAAAGACAUUUGCUCGCAUAACAACCUUCAAAGACUCAAACGACUUAGCCUGCACUCGAACAAAUUGGAGGGAGAUAUACCAUUGAGUUUGGGUCAAUGUACACAACUUGAGAGUAUUGACUUGUCAAACAACAACUUUGGUGGAAAUGUCCCUCGAGAAAUUGGGAACAUCACACAGCUUAAGGAAUUACGCCUUAGUUGGAACAAUUUGAAAGGUGAUAUUCCGAAAGAGAUUGGUUAUCUUAAUUAUUUAGAGGUAUUGAGCAUGAGCAACAACAAAUUCAGUGGACGAUUACCAAGACAACUUUGGAAUGUCACGACUCUUCGUUUAUUAUACAUUGCCAACAUCUCUUUAACUGGUGGUAUUCCGAAAGAGAUUGGUAAUCUUAAUAAUCUAGAGAUAUUAGCCAUGAGUUCCAACAAUCUUAGUGGACCAUUUCCAAGACAAAUCUUGAACAUCACAAGUCUCCGUCAACUAUACCUUGGUGGCACCUCUUUAAAUGGUAUGUCUGCACUACUCUUUAAGCCAAAACUUUAGUGAAAGAGUUUAGUAUAUCAUAACUAACCAUGAGAAUUGGAAAUAAUAUGUGAUACACAUUUAGUCUUAUGCUUAAGUCAAAGUCUAUUGCCCGUCGUGUAAGAGAUGAUUAUAUUUCCCUCUCAAUCGAUUUUUGAAAAUUAUUGCAUCCAAGAAAAAUAAUUGAAAGCAAUUUUCCAUAUAGAAGAUGCAUGUCAUUGGGCUCCCCAAUAAUUUGUUUAUAGUUAAGAAAUUUAAUUAUUCUUUUUUCAUUAC